UGGAUCCUCAUGGCCUUUAGUCCAAAGCCUUAGUCUGUUAAGGCUGCUAUGAAAAAAAUACCACAGACUGGGUAGCUUAUCGAUGACAGAAAUUUAUUUGUGACAGUUCUGAAGGUUGGGAAGUGGGAGUCAAAGCGCUGGGAGGUUCGGUGUCCAGCAAGAGCCCACUUCCUGUUUCAGAGACAGCCACCUUCGCACGUGGCAGAGGGGCUGAGAGAGCUCUCUGGGUUUCUUUUAUAAAAGCACUAACCCCUUUUCUGAGGGCCCCACCCUCAUGACCGAACCUCCUCUCCAAGGCCUCACCUGCUAACACCAGGAAGCCCUGAACAGACCUGGGGCCUCUACCCUAGCCUGAGCACAUGGGAGGAGGCUGGUACCAGGUAUGAAAACUCCAGGACAAGUAUGUGCACUGUCACACCACGAGUACAUGUGCACGGAAACUGCGGUGACUGCUUCCUCUUUCAGCCUGAGAGCUGCAAACACAUCCUCAUGGCGGGCCCAGAGGGACAUGGAGGUGACGGGACCCUGCGGCUUUUCUGCAAUAAGCCACCAGAGUGUCAGCCACAUGUAUUCUCUCUCUUUCCAUGGACGCAUCUCCUCUUCCUGCUCAUGGGACUAGGAGCCUCUGGGAAGAACUCAGCCCCUACAGUGGUGACAGGGAUUGCGGGAGGUUCAAUGACUCUCUCCCUGAACAUUUCAGUAGAAACAGAGAUUGAACAUGUCACCUGGACUUGUUCCCAGAAAGCUCUUGCUUUUGCGAAGCCAGAAGGACUUGCUAUCCUUAUGGACAAAAACUACGAGGGCCGACUGAACUGGAGCUGGAGGUACUUGUCCAUCAACAACCUGACCCUGGAAGAUGCGGGAUCCUACAAAGCCCAGAUAAACCGAAAUAAUAAUUAUAAAGUCACCACGUACAAGGAAUUCACCCUGAAUAUCUAUGAGCAGCUGCAGAAGCCCUGAGUCACCAUGAAGUCUGUGAACAUGUCUGAGAACGGCACCUGUAACAUUACCUUGAUAUGCUCUGUGGAUGGGAUGGGGAAAGGUGUUCUGUACAUCUGGAGUGGGGACACCCAUGCAUCUGAGUCCUUUGGGGGCUCCACCCUCACCGUCUCCUGGAUGCCCUGUGAUCCAGACCUGCUGUACACCUGCACAGCCAGGAACCCGGUCAGCCAGAGCAGCUCCCAUCCUGUCCAUGUCCAGCAGUUCUGUACAGAUCCAGGAGCCUCCAGAGGAAGACCAAUGGGGGAAACGGUGGUGGGGAUACUGGGGGAGGCAGUGACACUGCCCCUGGAACAUCCAGCCAGUCAUCCCAUAGAGAAAGUUGUCUGGAUCUUUAACACGUCUAUUAUCAGCAACAAGCAGGAAGGGGCAGCAACGGCUGAUCCACUCAUUAAGUCCAAGGAUCCUGACAGGAACACGGUGUGGGUCUCCGACCAGGACUACUCCCUGGAAACUGGCCAGACGAAGGUGGAGGACGCCGGCCCCUACCACGCCUAUGCGUGCUCAAACGCCUCCGGAGUCAUCAGCACAAAACAUGUCACCCUGCUCAUCUGCCGGAAGCUGCAAGAGCCGAAAGUCACCUGGAGCUACACCCUCGCUGAGGACGGCAGCUGCAGGGUCACCCUCGUGUGCUCAGUGGACGACCCUGGGCACAAUGUGACCUACAGGUGGACUUUCCUGCAAAAUGGAGCUGUCACAUCUCAAGAGGGAUCUCACCUCACUGUCUCCUGGAGAAGGGAUGAAAAUCAAACCAACUUCACAUGCACUGCCAGCAACCCUGUCAGCAACAGCACCUGGCAGUUUCCAUCUGGGGACAUUUGUCCAGGGCGUGAAAGAAGCACGAAGCUUUGGAUCGGACUCUCCCUGAUGGUCCCCAUCCUUCUGUGCGUGGGGAUCUUCAGCUGGUGCGCUCGGAAGCAAAAAAGACCACGUUUCUCAGGUUCUGCCCCAGACUUCAGUUCCAGCCCAGCUGAGGCCCCAGCUCACACACCAGAGCCCGCUGCUGGCCACCAGCUCUGCGCCCUGCACUCCCCAAGGCACCAGAAGCUGGACACUCCCCCUCAGCCUGCCAGGCAACAGCCCCAGCCCCGCUCUGACAGCAACUCUGACAGCGAUGAAACAACUGAGGAGGAGGAGGAGGAGGGGGGAGGGAGGACGGAGAUGCGUAAGCCCGGCAGUGGCAGAGGCCACGUGUAUGACUUGGACACUGGACAUGACUUGGCCUCUGAGGAGCAAGCAGAGGAUGAUCUCGCCACUCCGGGAGGCGGGGCAUCUGCAUCUGUGGGCACAGGGCACACGGUGUAUAUGCAAGUGAACUUCAGCCUGCAGGAAAAGACAGCAAAUCCUCAGAAUAAAGAAGAUACAACCACGAUCUACUGCUCCAUACAGAAACCUCAGAAGAUAGUGCGACCACCACAACAGAGUGAUCCUGAGUCUCCUGAAAUCCCUACCUACGAAAAUUUCACCUGAAAAGAAGAGCAGGAGAAACAGGGGCAGCUGGACCUUUGCACCACCUUCUAAAUCGUUGCUGAAAUAAAUGCAACAUGGACUGGCAGAUCUAUGUAAACUCUGCCACUGCAGUAUUUUCUUUUAAGUAAAAGGAAAUAACCUAAGUGUCCAUAUAGUAGGAGUCUGCUUAAAUACCCCGCAGUGUACCCAUGCAAUAGCAAACCCUGCCAGAUUUGUAAAGAAAGGGGAGACUAUUCUGUGCUAAUAGAGAAUGAGCUCUAAGAUACAUUGUUAAGUGGAAAGAACAAAGUCCAGGACAGUGUGUACCACAUGCUACAGGUGGAUAAAAAAGAAAUGCAUAUCUAGGUAUAAAAAUGUUCUGAAAGAAAGUACAAAAAAAUGUACCAAGGGCUGCCUCUGGAGAGGGAACUGGGUUUUUUUUUCAGUGUAUACUUUUUUGUACUGCUGGAUUUUUUAACCAUAUGUAUGCAUUACUCUUCUGGUAUACAUCUUUAGUAAAUAUGCUUCCUAUAUUUACCCAAAAGAAUUUCCUUCUUUACUGUCAGGUUUGGAUGCAGCCAUCUGGAUGCAGUCUCUCUCUUCUCCCCUAAACUGUGGCCUCAGCCCUGUCCCCCCACCUGUAAGUUGCAUCACCCUUGGCUUAUAUUCAUGACAUUCCAGUGUACAAUUGUGUGACAUGCUCCUUGCAGCCCAUGUAUGUCCUUUAAUAUGGUGCUUCUGCUGUCGCGCGCUCCUGCACACAGUCGGUGGAGUUAUAUGUCUUCUGUGGCCUGCAGAAGACAUAUACUCCCAGGGGCCAGGCGGUGCUUCAUAGACAGCAGGAGCUUGACUGUUGCUUGUUCACUGGCUGGUCCUUGCAGGAAUGAUUAUUUUUGUAAGGCAUUAUUGCAGCAUCCCAACAAAGCCACAUAAUACGAUACUGUUGUAUGUUAUUACACUCCAGAACAGUGCAUCUCAAAAGCCCUGGGCCCUUAAGGCCUCUUGCUCCUUAAAUAAAUCUGGCAAGCUCACAAUCUACACAACUCAAAUCACAUGAAAGGCCAACUGCAGGCAAUGGUCAGUGUCUCUGGUGUCCAUCCGGACUGCCGCAACGCCAUCAUUUCCGGCUCCCUCGCUCACGAAAUCCCUUGACUCUACAGCUCAGCUCCCAUAUGCCUCAGGCCUGCCAGACUCCUUUUGCACAUAUUUUCCUGGUUUUUUUACCCUUGACGUUCUCUCUAGGCUGUGGAAUGUCCACACUUGUCUCCAGGAGAAAGCCAGCCUGCCAGCCUCAUAGGGAUGAGGCGGGGCUUGAGCAAAUGCAAGUUGUGGCUGCUUCCCCUUAGCCUGAACAGCCCCAAAAACUGGGCAUCCUGGAAAUCUGCUGUUCAUGGAUGAACAAGACAGGGAGACACUGACAGCUCACCGGGAGGCAGACCCCUCUCCAGCAGGAAUUAAACAGAUAUGCAUUUAUUGAUGGACACCAAUCAGUGCCCCUUGGCUGCUGUAGAGAGGAAAAGUGCAGAAUGCAAAGAAGACAUAUAAAUUGAAUUCAGGAAAUAAAUUUAGAUUGCCUCUGAAUAACACCACAGUUUUAUAUUAAAUUUGUACAUUAAAUACCAAGUUCCACGUGGUACUAUCGCCUGUUGGGGUGUCUGGGCAGGGCCUCCUUCGGCCAUCCCCCGUCCCUUUCCUGGGCUCAACCAGUCACAGCCCUGGUCCCCACAGCCUUGGGGGAGGGUCCAGCCUAAAGACUUGGGGGCCCAGUAUACUGUCUGCUUCCCCGCCACCCAGUGUCUGAGGCCUCCCUCCAGCAGGAGCCAUGGGGAACGCUCAUCAGAACUCAGAACUUACAUAGCAGAUUGUUCCUAACUGUGAAAAAUUUGAAGAAGCCAAAAUGGAUUUCAGAUCAUGUGGGGUUUUUUUUGAGAGGGCAUAUCUCAUAUUUAUUGAUCAAAUGGUUGUUAACAACAAUAAAAUUCUGUAUAGGGGACUCAAUGCACAAUCAUUAAUCAACCCCAAGCCUCCAACCGUCUCCAAUCUUCUGAAGCAUAACGAACAAGUUCUUAUAUGGUGAACAAGUUCUUACAUAGUGAAUAAGUUCUUACAAGACCAUGUGUUUUUAUAAAUCAAACAACAUGCUUUAGACAAAGCUGGGCUCACCGCCCCACUCGCAGCGCAGCACCGGCUCAGGGUGGGUUUUCCACGUGGGGAUGGGCAUGCCUGUGCCGUACACUCCCGCUCCUGCCCGCUCGCCCCUGCGGUCAACAGGCAGAGGUACAGAUUUACUGCGGUGGGAGAGGAGGCUCCUUCCUCUGUGUCUGAGUAAAGCCCAGGCUGGCCCCUAGGAGGGCCUGCCAGCCACUCACCGCCCACCCUCGUGGAGUGGGGCUCCUUCUCCUUCUCUGAGCCAGCAGGAUCCCUCCUUCCUCUUUGGAAGAUGGGCCUGGGCAAGGGAAGGAUCUAAAUGGGCUCAUCCGAAUUAGGGAAGACGGGA